CCCCGAUCGGCGGUCCCGAACCGGGCGGGGUCCUCCGGGUACCGCUUUCCCGACGGACAGGGAACCCCGCAUUGUGUUGCCGCGGGCUGGUGAGACUUUUGGUCUUAUUAGUGCGCUUGUCCUCGGACUCCGAACCAUCACAACCUCGGCCCAGGUGGAAUGAGUGUGGCCUAAGCUGAGCGGCGCCAAGAAGCAGUGAGAAAGUAGGGCAAAGAAAGAACGGCGGUUUGUUUACUUCCAUUUGGGGUCAGCAUCGAGAACCUGGAAGUGAAUUCAAAAUGGCGGAGAGCGGACAGCAGACCGUGUCGGUGCCGCGGAAGUUAUGGCAACAUCCGGACCCGGAGAGCACCCUCAUGUACCGCUUCAUGCAGGACACGAACCGCAAGUACGGGGUGCAGCUCAAGACAUUCAACGACCUCCACACUUUUGCCCUCUCCCACAGAUCUGUCUUCUGGUCCGACGUCUUCCACGCGGCCAACUUCAUCUACGAGGGCACCUACACCCGCGCCGUCGACGAGUCCCUCCCCAUCGACGCGGUCCCGCGCUGGUUCGAGGGUGUCCGGCUCAACUUUACUGAGAACGCGCUCUUUUCUUCUUCUUCUCGUUCCCCUAGUACCGCUGCUCCUCAAGAUACCGCUGAGCGGUGUGUGCGAGACAAAGAAGAUGGCAAGGUCGCCAUCACCGAGGUGCGCGAGGGCGGCAGCGAGGUGCGGAGCGUCACGUAUGGUGAGCUGCGAGAGGUGGUGGGCACGCUCGCCAAGGCGAUGAAGGCUAGGGGAGUGGAAAAGGGGGACCGGGUGGUGGUUGUCGGCGCGAACAGUGUCGAGACGGCGGCGGUCAUGCUAGCGGCGGGAUGGGUCGGGGCUAUCUUCAGCAGUAGCUCGACGGAUAUGGGCGUGAAGGGGAUCUUGCAGAGGACGGUACAGGUUAAUCCGAAGUUACUGUUCAUGGACGAUGCCACGCUCUAUAACGGCAAGGUGGCGGAUUUGAGGGCUAAGAUGGCCGAGGUGGUGGACGGGUUGAAAACGGAGUGCUCCAACUUCGCCGGCGUGGUGUCGAUCCGCCGGUUUGCCGAGGCGAGGGAUGUCUCCGGGGUGCCCAUGGCUGAGACGUGGGCGUCCUUCGUCGCCGCAGCGGACAAGGCGUCGCGGCCGCCCGAGUUUGUGCGCAUCGGCUUCCACGAGCCGUGGCUCAUCUGCUACUCGUCCGGCACGACGGGCAUCCCCAAGGCGAUUGUGCACUCGGCGGGCGGCAUCCUGGUUAACUCGUACAAGGAGUCGCGCCUGCACGAGGGCAUCGGCCCCGACAGCGUGGCGCUGCAGUACACGACCACGGGCUGGAUCAUGUACCUGGCCAACGUCGGCAUCCUGCUGUGGGGCGGCCGCGCCAUCUUCUACGACGGGUCGCCCUUCCAGCCUGACGCCAGCAUCCUCAUCCGCCUCGCCGCCGAGCACGGGGCGACCAAGCUGGGCAUCAGUCCGCGGUGGAUGUUCGAGGUGGCCAAGGCCGGCCUGCGCCCGCGCGACAUGGCCGACCUCUCGCGGCUGCGCACCGUCACCUGCACGGGCAUGGUGCUGUCGGACCAGCUGUUCGAGUGGUUCUACGACGUCGGCUUCCCGCGCGACGUGCACCUGGCCAACAUCUCGGGCGGCACCGACAUCGCCGGCUGCUUCGGCGCCAUGAACCCGCUGACCCCGGUCUACGUGGGCGGCACGCAGGGCCCGUCGCUGGGCGUGCACGUCGCCAUCUACGACUCGCUGCUGCCCGACGGCGCCCAGGGCCAGGAGGUCGCUCCCGGCACGCCCGGCGAGCUGGUCGCCGCCGCGCCGUUCCCCAACAUCCCCUGCUUCCUAUGGGGCGACAGGACGGAGCCCGGGAAGAGCCCCGCCGCGCCGGGCACCAAGUACCACGCCGCCUACUUCGCGCGGUUCCCGCACGUGUGGGCGCACGGCGACUUCUGCGUGGUGCACCCCGUGACGGGCAACAUCACGUUCCUGGGGCGCGCCGACGGCGUGCUCAACCCUUCGGGCGUGCGCUUCGGCUCGGCCGAGAUCUACUCGGUCGUCGAGCGGCGCUUUUCCGACCGCGUGCAGGACUCGCUGUGCGUGGGCCAGCGCCGGCCGCAGGACGUCGACGAGUCGGUCAUGCUCUUCUUACUGAUGCGGCCCGGGACGCGGUUUGAUCGCGCGCUGGUGCGCGAGGUGAAGCAGGCCAUUGCCGCCGACCUGAGCAAGCGCCACGUUCCCAAGUAUGUUUUUGAGACGCCUGAGAUUCCGACAACUGUCAACCUCAAAAAGGUCGAGCUGCCGGUCAAGCAGAUCGUGUCGGGCCACACCAUCAAGCCGAGCGGCACACUGGCCAACCCGGAGAGUCUGCAGUAUUAUUACCAGUUCGCCAAGGUGGAGGAACUGUUUGGGCCGAAGGAGAAGCUGUAGACUGCAAGGAGUUGGACCGGCAGGGUUUUACUAAGUAAGGGAUGAGAUGGUUGUCGCUAUGGUGAGACGGCCAAAGAGAUCCCAUAUCGAAUCGGGCGUACAACAGGUUUGCUGAGCAGAUGCGGUCCAUCUCGGCUUGGGCACCAGUAGAGUCAGCCCGUUGCUCGGUUGGAGCCAGCGGGAGCCAGUCCAUUCCAUUAAUCCUAUGAUCUCUUCACAG